AUGGUAAUGUCAAGGAAUUUAAAGGCUUAUGCUCAACUCCUCCAAUGGCAUUCGACUGCAUUUGAGAGAAACCCUGAUUUCACUUCCCCUCUGCAAGAUAGGACUUCAUCAUACCCAAAAGAAAUUCGGUUAAAGAGAAGAAAGAGGAUAAAAGGAUUUGAUUCAGCUGAUAGAAUGGACAACUCACAAGAUAAUGUCUGGGGAGACCAUAUGAUACAUUCAGAGUCAUCAGAGCUACCACUGUUAGACUUUGUUAAAGUAUUUGCUGCUUCCAAUAUCUUCAGCAGCACAAAUAAACUUGGGGAAGGAGGAUUUGGCCCUGUUUAUUGGGGAAAACUAGAAGAUGGGCAAGAAGUAGCAGUGAAAAGACUUUCGAGUCAUUCAGGGCAAGGCUUGGAAGAGUUCAAGAAUGAGAUCAUAUUGAUCUCCAAACUACAGCACAGGAAUCUUGUUAGGCUCUUGGGUUGCUGCAUUCAAGGGGAAGAGAAGUUGCUGGUUUAUGAGUACCUGAAAAACAGAAGCUUGAACACUUUUCUCUUUGAUGCAAAGAAAAUGGUGGAACUUGAUUGGGCUAAACGCUUCAACAUAAUUCAGGGAAUUGCUAGAGGACUCCUUUAUCUCCAUCGUGAUUCUUGUUUAAGAGUUAUUCACAGAGAUUUGAAGGCCAACAAUAUUCUCUUGGAUGAUGAUAUGAAUCCCAAAAUUUCAAACUUUGGCUUGGCACGAACUUUUCGAGUUACACAAGAGCUGGCAAAUACUCACAGGGUGAUGGGAACAUUUGGCUACAUGUCUCCUGAGUAUGCAAUGGGAGGGCUAUUUUCAGAAAAGUCCGAUGUAUUUAGUUUUGGUGUUUCGCUACUAGAAAUAGUUAGUGGCACGAGGAAUACUAGUUUACAUUACCAGGAUCAAUAUCUAAACCUCCUUGGUUAUGACCAUGUUGCGAAUAGGCCAACCGUGUCAGCAGUAGUUAUCAUGCUAAGCAGUGAAAUAGAAGUUCCACAACCAAAGCAGCCUAUAUUUACUACUCAAAGUUUGUCAGAAGCUACUGAUCUUCGAUCACAAUGCAAUAGUGAUGAUAGUGGCCUUGGUGCUAAUGAUGUCAAUAGUGGUGGAGAUGAAGGGAUAAUGGUUGUAAUUAUAGUGGAGAGGGUAGCAGUAGUUGUACUGCUGAUAAUGAGAGUCGUGAUUGUGAUAGUGGUAAUGAAUGACGGUGGUAUUGAUGACAACAGUAAAAAUGGUGAUGGAUGUGAUGAUAAUGAAAAGGGUGGUAGUGGUGAUAACAGUAAUGGUGGUGGUGGUGGUGGUGAGGUUAUAAUGGUGCACGUCAACAAUUAUGCAUAA